AUUCACCUAACUCGAAACCCACCAAACCUCCCAAGUGACGGAUUUCAUCGUCGAUUGCAGAUAAAGGUGUGCCCCGGCGGAUAUUCAAUUACGCCGCCGCCGCAGGUCCUCUCAUCUUUCGCCGGAAAUGGCCGCUUCUUCUUCUUCUUCUUUCUGCCCAAACCGUGCUCCGUCACUGCCCGCUCCUUCGCGCAGCCGUAAUCAACCCACUUUGUUUCAUUCCCGCCGCCGCUGUCCCGUCUCCCCCGUUUCCCUGCCUUCCCGGUUACAUCUCUCGGUUAAUUUUAGUAAUCGCACCUUGAAGCGCAGUUUAAAGGCGUCGGCGGCUCCGGUGAUGGAUCAAACUGCUUCCUCAGCUGCUGUUCCUACGACUGUAGAGGUGGAUUUAGGGAAUCGGAGCUACCCGAUCUAUAUUGGCUCCGGACUUUUAACCCAACCGGAGCUGCUCCAAAGGCAUGUUCAUGGAAAACAAGUUCUCGUGGUCACUAACACCACCGUUGCACCAUUAUAUCUUGAAAAAACUAUCCGGGCUUUAACAGAUGGAAACGCUAAUGUAAAAGUUGAGUAUGUAGUUUUACCUGAUGGAGAACAAUACAAGAAUAUGGAAACUCUUAUGAAAGUCUUCGAUAAAGCAAUUGAAACACGUAUGGACAGGCGCUGUACAUUUGUUGCUCUUGGUGGUGGUGUCAUUGGUGACAUGUGUGGAUAUGCCGCUGCUUCAUAUCUUCGUGGAGUGAAUUUCAUUCAAAUUCCCACGACUGUUAUGGCACAGGUGGAUUCUUCAGUUGGUGGUAAAACUGGAAUAAACCAUCCACUUGGAAAAAAUUUAAUUGGUGCAUUCUAUCAACCACAAUGUGUGCUUGUGGACACUGACACAUUGAACACAUUGCCGGAUCGAGAAUUAGCAUCGGGCCUGGCUGAAGUCAUCAAGUAUGGACUUAUCAGAGAUGCUCAAUUUUUUGAGUGGCAGGAAAAGAAUAUGCACGCACUUCUUUCAAGGGACCCAACUGCAUUUGCCUAUGCUAUCAAGCGUUCCUGCGAAAAUAAAGCUGAGGUUGUGUCGUUAGAUGAGAAAGAGAGUGGCUUGAGGGCAACUCUGAACUUGGGUCACACUUUUGGACACGCAAUCGAGACUGGUUUAGGCUAUGGCCAGUGGCUUCAUGGCGAGGCUGUUGCUGCUGGCACGGUAAUGGCGGUGGACAUGUCUUUCCGGCUUGGCUGGAUUGACGACUCGUUAGUAAAGCGCGUGUACUCAAUCCUGAAACAGGCGAAGUUACCUACAGCACCUCCUGAAACAAUGACUGUAGACACAUUCAAGUCCAUCAUGGCGGUAGAUAAGAAGGUAGCCGAUGGGCUGCUGAGGCUCAUCCUCUUGAAAGGCCCUCUAGGCAACUGCGUUUUCACCGGUGCGUACGAUAGGUCGGCCCUCGAUGACACUCUUCAUGCAUUUUGUAAGUCUUGAUGAUGCUAGUUUUGAAUCUUUGGAAAGUUUGAUCCACCUUGUAUAAUUAUAAUGUGUUUUGAUCUUAUUUAUUGUGUUUGUUAUGCCAUGACAGAGUUUUUAAGGUUUUCAGUGACAUGUUGUAAGAGCUUUGCUAAUAAUAAUUUGUUCAGUCA